AUAAAGACGGAAAAUUACGAUAGCGCUAACAAGAUGCUGUGCCUGUGCGGUUCACUUCCCUGUAUUUCUCCUCGCCUUAUCCUCCCCGCCGUGGCGCCGCCGUGGAAUGGCCGCAGCAUCGAUCGGAUUCUGCGAUUGAGUCACGAGAAGAGGACUAGCCGGAGAGGAAUUUCGGUGGUGACGCGGGCAGGACCCAGCGCUACCAGCUACGCACUUGUCUUUUUCCUGCCACUCUCUCUUCUUGCGGCUACUAUUUUCAUUUCGGUGAGAGUUGCGGACAAGCUCGACGAAAAGUUCUUCGAAGAGCUAGCUAUGAAUGAAGCUAUAAAAGAAGGCGAGGAGAAUGAGGAUGGUGGUGGCAACGACGAAGACAACAUUUCUUUGGAGCAAGAACAAACAAAAACACGAACACGUAAUCGCCCUAAACGUGAAGUUGAGCCAUCUUCGAAGUAAUGGAGGACCGGAGUUAUCAGCUUUGGUGUCCCGGCAACUCAUAAAAGAGAGCAGGUAAAUGAUCAAUGAUUUUGUUGCAGGAAGUGUCUUUUUCCCUUGUUACAGCUUUCACCUUAAUUUCUUAAGAAAUGCAUGUAUGUAUAAACGUUGAUAAAAAAUAAAGAAAAUUUGAUGACACUGAAAAGCAAACACAUCCUUGGUUGUCUUCUU